CGUACACAAAAUAAGUCAAUUUGAUUGAUGCUGCCAUCGCACUAUAUUAAACGCAAGUAGACAUCAGCUUCUUGUGCAAAGAAUUUGGUCGAUCGCAGUUCAAUGUUCCUAAAUGAGACGUAAUAGCGGGUAAAUAGAAACUUAUAUAAUGCCUGAAACACAUUCAGAGUGACCGCAUGAUACUGUAUCGGGGCCUUGGUGGAGCUAGCAAAAUGUGAAAUAAACUGAAGGUGGGCCUGCACAAGAUGCAGCAAGUGCCAAGUCACUUCCAGAAGCUGGUGCAGCUGGUGGGAAGGGCUUUCUAUGCCUCCGAGUGCCCUCCCCGAGACCAGAACCCCGAGGCUGCUCAAGGCUCUCGCAAAGGAACCAAUGCGGAGUUCAUCGGGCUGGGGGUGAUCACACUGGAUGCACUGACGCGGAGGGAGUGGGUGAAGGAGGAUGAGCUGGCCACUGAGAUAAAGGCCCACCCCAAAGUGCUGCGCAGAGUGUUGCGUUACUUCGAGCAGGAGCAAGUGGUGGCUCGCGAGCACAGGAAGGAGGCGAUGAAGCGCAAGCCGAGGGGUGCAAACUCGGGGAAGUCAUCAGGGGACGCCACUGGAGACGGGGAUGCAGUGUCUGGGCUGGCCGGUGAUGUUGUGGUGGAAAAUGAAGAUGAGCUUCCUGCCAAAGCUCUCCUUCACAGCUACUGCACGCUGGACUACGGGCGGCUUCUGGACGUGACUAACCUGCGUCUCUUCAAAAUGCGCAAAGCCCUCAAGGAAAAGCUCAAGGACAGCACCCCGGUGCUGGAGUACGUGUGCCCGGCCUGCGGCACGCGGUAUACGACGCUGCAGGCAGCGCACCUGAUCGAUUUCGCCGACGGCGAGUUCCAUUGCGAGAAUUGCCGAUCCAUUCUGCGCUCCAGCCGCGACGGCGCAGCCGACGGCGGCGAAGGCGCCCGGCAGCAGCGCCUGAAAGCCGCCAAAGUGCUGCAGGAGAAGAUGGAGGAGCAGCUGCGGCCGCUAUUCUCUCUGCUGGAGGAGAUCCAGGGCCGCCUCGCAAAGGGCGGCAAGGUUCCCAACUUUGGAUCCCUCAAGGACUGGGCGCUGGCGAGGAUGGAUGCACAGAGGGUGGCGACUGGGAGAGCGAUGCGGCUGGAUGACGGCCCUGCCAGCGUGGAGGUCGACAUGGCAGGCGCGGCGGCUGCGCCUCAACCGCUGGAGGAGGCGCAGCCGAGGGAGCUGCCCCCCUGGCUGCGGGCGGUGGCCGCGCGGGGGGGACCGGGGGGUCCCGCAGCCUCCACCUCAGCAGCGCGCAGCGAGGAGAGCACCGGCACCGGCACAGAUUUCCAGCAGCAUGCCAGCAGCACCGAGCAGCAGGACAUCCAGGCACGCUCUGCGGCAUAUGUCAGGCAAUUUUUGGAGCAGGUCAGUCAGAAGCAGGCGCACCAGGGUGCAGGCGUUCCCAUGGGCCUCGACAGCAAAAGGCCAGUGAAACAUGACCCAGGCAGUGAUGGCGAGAAGAGGCUGAAAACUGAGACUGGAUGGGUGGCAGCCGUAGUCAAGCCUGACGCAGAGCCCGAGGUGUCCCUGAAAGUCACAGAGAACGGCUCCUUCAAUGUAUUUAGCACUUCACAGGAAUACAGGUUCACCCCAGAAGGGCUGGUCACAAAAGCAGGCAGGGAUCCUGUAGAGGAUGAACAGAGCAGCCAACUCUCCUACAAGAUCUCUGAGAGGGACGUGCGCAUCAUCAGGACCUUGGGCCGAGGCGCCAGCAGUGUGGUGUACAAAGCCUUCCUGGCGCGGAGCGGCAAGUUUGUGGCAGUAAAGAGGAUCAACUGCUUCGAGAGGGAGAAGCGGCACCAGAUGAUGAAUGACAUCAAGGCUCUCUGCAACGUGACCGAGCCCAGCCUUGUGCAGUUCAUUGGCGCCUAUCAUGCACCUGAAAAUGGGCAGAUAGCGCUCGUCCUGGAGUACAUGAAUGGGGGCUCGCUAGCGGAUGUCUUGGUAAAGAUGGGGAGCAUAGCUGAAGAUGCGCUGUCUGUUGCCACAGCGCAAGUGCUGCAGGGGCUAUCGUACCUGCACAGAUACAAACACAUGGUGCACCGGGACCUGAAGCCAGCCAACAUCCUGAUGGACCUCAGCGGCACAGCCAAGAUUGCAGACUUUGGCAUCAGCGCCUUUGUGGACAACACCCUUGCAGUGUGCCAUACGUUCACCGGUACAGUCACGUAUAUGUCCCCAGAGCGCAUCAACAGCCAGCCCUACUCCUUCCCUGCAGACAUCUGGAGCCUCGGUCUGACCCUGGUGGAGUGUGUCACUGGCAGAUACCCAUAUGACGCCAGUGGAGGGCCCCUGCAGCUCAUGAUCCAGGUGGUGGAGGAGCCAGUGCCGCUGCCAGCAGAGGGCACCGUGAGCGCAGACUUCCGCAGCUUCGUGGCUGCAUGCAUGCAGAAGGACCCCUACAAGCGGCCCACCGCUGAGGGCCUGCUCAGCCACCCCUUCAUUCUCAAGCAUGCGAGGAGACGACCAGACAUGCGCUCGUUCAUGCGGUGCAUGGAGGAUCCAGAGUCCAUGAUGGAGGAGAUGGCUGUUGAUGUGACAGGCAGGUUCUACCGGGCGAUGGCAGCUGGCAGGGAGGGCGUCGCCAGCACAUCGUCCCUGUACUCUGAAGACUCGGUGUACACGAAUGAGGGGAAUGUCACGCGCGGGCGGGCGGCGAUUGUGCAGAGGCUGCAGGAGUUGGCGCAGCUGCAUGCGGCCUACGGUAGCGGCACGCAUCAGGCUGACAUCAUCGACUCGCUGACCAUGCAGGACGGGGGUCUGCUGGUGCAUGUGAAGGGGCACUUCAGAGUGGGGGGAUCGGGGCCCCUCGCUCUGGGGCCGCAGGGGGCCGGACCCCCCUCUGUCUACUGUGAGGCCUUCCUCAUCCGCCGUGACAGCCUGGGCCGGCCGCUGAUCAGAAAUCAGCUGUUCCGAUUACUGUAG